AUGGGAGACACUGGAGCGAACAUGGCCCCCUGGGGCGGAUUCUACGGGGGGGGCGGCGCGCCGGCGACGACGGAGGCGACGGUGGUGACGACGGCGGCGGCAGUAGCAGCGGCAGGCGGGUCGGUGUCGAGCCCGACGUCCGGCGGGUCCGGCGGCAGCCCGACCCGCGCGCAGCAGCAGGCCGGGGUCGGUGUGGAGGGCGGGCGCGUGGGGAAGCCCGCGCGGCGGCGGGCCCGCGCGUCCCGCCGCGCGCCCGUCACGCUGCUCAACACGGACACCACCAACUUCCGCGCCAUGGUGCAGCAGUUCACCGGCAUCCCGGAGGGGCCCUACGGCCCCGGCGGCGGCGCGGGCGGCGGGCCCGUGAUCAGCUUCGGUGGCGGCGCCGGCGCCGGCGAGUACGGCCGGCAGCUGCUGCGCCCGUCGCCGACGUCGGCCGUCAUGUCGUUCGACCACCAGCUGGCGGCGGCGCACGCGCAGCACCGGCCGACGGCCACGUCGCUGCAGAGCCAGCUCUUCAGGCCGCAGCACCACCAGCAGCAGCAGUACGGCGGCGGCGACGUCGGCUACGGCAUGCAAGCCGGCGUCGGCGGCGGGGACGGCAUGGUGCCGUCGUUCUUGCACGGCGGGUUCGAGUCCUCGUCGGCGGAGGACCGGCUGCUGCUGCAGAGCAUGAUGCAGGCGGCGCAGACCACGAUGCCCACCGGCCGCCCGGCCUCCACUAACAACGGCAAUGGCUACAACUUCGGCUGA